AACGUCUGAACCAACAGAAUAUAAGAUGGAAGGUAUUGCCAAUUUAUUUGUGUUUUGGUUGACAUAUUAUAAACUCGCUUUGUCUGGAAUUCCUGAUUACCGUUUGUAACUGGACUUAUUAAAUAGCAGAAUAGACAUGCGUUUACUGAUUUAUGAUCUGCCCAUUUUCCCAUUGAAAACUUAUUUGACUUACUAGGUUCAUUAUACAGUUAUAAGUUAAAUAAAAAAAGAGAUUCGUGAACUAAAUUAUUUGAGCAUGGUUGUAGGCUCAAUUGUUUAUCAUCUGUUUAUCUGAGAACUAGACUCUUUUCAAAAUAAUGGAUGGUCAAGUGAGACAUUAUGAACUGCUCGAAAAGCUUCAACAGUUAGUAAAAAGCCUGGACUUUAAGACCCAGCAGCGUCUUCCGUAUGACCUCCUUGCUAAUUUAGCAUCAACGUUACGAGACAGUGCAAUUUUCACGAUUGUUGAUGAUUUGGAGGAAAUUCAGCAUUUAACAGAAAAAAAUUUGUAUACACAAAGACAAAAAAUAUUAGAGGAGCAUAAGACUUUGAUCAAAAAUUUGAAAAAGAAACAUGAAGAUGAUUUACGGACUUGCAAACGUCAUAAUCUUGCCAUUUUACAAAAAGAACAUGAAAAGCAGUUAAUUGAGUUGGAAAAACGAUUAAAAACGGAACUAACACAAUUUGAUAAUAAAAUUUUGACUCAAAUUGAUCAGAAAGUUGUUGUGCAGCAAGCAACUUUAAAAAGUGCUGGAGUUCCAGGAUUCUUUGUUACGAAUGAUGAUCAAGAAAUAAAAUUACAGAUGACUCUUCUCCAUUUGAUAAAAUUGGUGAGAACGUCUGAGUAAUCGUAUCGCUCUUUUUUAUCAGGGUAUCCUAGUUUUUUUAUGUAAUAGUCAGCUCCUCAGAAAAGCAGUUUACAACAUAGAGGAAGGAUAGCGAGUUAGUCUCGCACAACCCAAGUCAUAAUAGUCAGUAUGUCGGGACUAUUUUGUCACUGAGAAUUACACACUGAAGAUUACAAAUCCACAUCACUAGAGUGUAAUAACAUCUACUAUCCAGUUCAUUCAAAUGUGUAGUGCAGUGGCUUCAACAUAUAAGUGAAUGCUUAUGCAGUAUCUUGUUUAAAGCAAAAGUAUAAUGCACCUUAUUAAAUCCUUAUUGAAUAUAUUUUUUUCGUGAAAAUGAUUGCAUUUUUUCCUUUUAUGACACAUUCUCUAAUUUACAACAAAAAUAAUUUGAAAAAAAAAAAUUCAUUCGAAAGCAAAAUUGUUGGUGGCCACGGGUAUUCUACAAAUCUUAUCGAUUGGGUUAUUGGUAUUGCUAUUAACUAUGAAUUUAGCAGUCUAAUGUUAUUGUCACCUCCUGAUAAUCUCAAGCUUCGUCACUGCCGCAGUGGUCUGGCGUGUUUUCUCUCUUCUGUAAUUCAAAUUAAUAACAAUAGAACUGACUUAAUAUCGUAUUCAGAUUAGAAAUGUUGAACAGUAUUGUGUCGGAUAUUUUUGUUCAUGAUUUUGCACUUGAUAAUAAUUGAGAAGAGCAUAGAGAUAUUAUUACUGAGAAAGAAAGGAUGCGAGUACGGGUAUCGCAUUUCUAAGAUUUAUCUACACAAAUUAUCUUCUUGCUUACCUUUGCAAUUACUGUAUUUCAUUUACCUUUUUUAUUACGGACUUAUAAUGAACAGACCUAUAACGAAAUAUGCACAUUGUGAUUUUUUAUUUACAG